AUGGGCGAUGUAGGAUGUUUUGGUAAUGACACUAUCCAUACUCCAAAUAUAGACAGCAUUGCAAGGCAAGGAGUUAAAUUCAGUCAUCAUGUCAUACCAGCUCCCCUCUGUUCGCCAAGUAGAGCGGCUUUUAUCACAGGACGACAUCCAGUCAGAUCAGGAAUGCUUGGAUAUGGUCGAUUACGUAUGGUUCCUUUCCUCGCUGCCACUGCUGGACUGCCUCCAAAUGAAACAACAUUUGCUGAAGUGCUUAAAGAUGUUGGGUAUAAAACAGGAUUAGUCGGUAAAUGGCACAUGGGACUGCACUGUGAAAAUAGGCAAGAUUUUUGCCAUCAUCCUUUAAAACAGGGUUUUGAUUUUUACUAUGGUUUACCUCUGACUAAUCUUAGGGACUGUGGUGAAGAUGCUACUCGCAGCGUUAUAACUGCAAGAAUACCACAGAUGACAGAAAUCUUGGCACUUAGCAUGGUCAUUGUUGUGGUCACAUUGGUUGCAUUCACAAAAAUUGGACUUAUACAACGACGAGGCUUCAUCUUCUUGCUUGCUGUGAGUUUCAUCAUUUUUGCAACACCAGUCGUUCUCCAGAAAGGACUCAGGAGAAUAAAUUGCAUACUGAUGAAAAACUAUGAUGUAGUGGAACAGCCCGUCAUAUUGGAAAACAUGACUCUCCGGAUAACUCAGCAGUCUAUGCAAUUUCUCAAAAGCAGUCAAAAUGAAGCAUUCCUGCUGUAUGUCUCGUUUCUGAAAGUACACACAGCGCUGUUCAGCUCAUCCAAAUUCAAGGGUAUCAGCAAACAUGGCAAUUAUGGUGAUAACGUGGAAGAGAUGGAUUGGAGUGUUGGUAAAAUUCUGUCCACUUUGGAGGAGCUUGGAUUGAAAGAGAACACUUUUGUGUAUUUGACAUCUGAUAAUGGUGGCCAUCUUGAAGAGAUAGCUUCUGACGGACAGCGUGAAGGAGGACAUAAUGGAAUAUACCGAGGUGGUAAAGCCCAGGUCUGGGAAGGAGGCCUCAGAGUUCCAACAGUAGCUAUGUAUCCUGGUGUUAUACCUCCAUCUACAGAAGUGAUGCAGCCUACCA